GGUUGGGUAGAGGAUCGUGCUCUGUUUGCGUUAGGUUUGACAGAAGUCCACUCGCUACACGACGAAGACUAUACUGGUCUGUUUUCUCACAUUGUGGUUUCACGGGUGUUUAGCUGAUCUGUGUAUCUUUAAUUCAACUGACGAUAUCUUAUCCGGAGUUUACGCACUUGCGAGAUUCAUUUACGGAACCUACAUUGUUUGUGAUGAUGUUCGAGUAAUAACACUGGAAUCAAGCGUUAGUCAGACCGUACAAGAGGCAUGAUAGUUGGCUAAUAUCCCGCGUGACGUAAUCAUGAUGUACCUUCCAACGUCAUUGAGUGACGAAGAUUCUCAGACAAACAGUUCACGUGACAGCAUCAGUGGUGACUGGCCACGUCCUUCAUCCAUCGAUUCAUCCAUCCAUUCGUCAAUUCCUUUCGACGACUCCAAGUCUUCAGCUGUCAAAAGUGCCCACCUCAGCAACGAGUAUCAAAGACUGCAUGAGUUUGUCCUCGAGACAGAUGGGGAGGUCUUAAAGGAUAUUAUUCUCGGCAAGCUGUCCAGGAAAAGUUCCAAACACAUUAUAGCUUUGGGGAUUUUGUUCCCGAGAAUCAGUUGUCCACCUGCCACGCGGUCGCAUUGUGUCCGGUGUCACAAGGAAUACAGACCGGAAGACAAUACCCCGUGCUGCAUUCGUCACCCUAAUGCGCAUGUGCAAAAACUAAGACAAGAUGGCAAAGGGGCUAAUUUCGUGUGUAAAAUCUGCAUGUUAGAAUUCAGGCUUUCGAGAAUGUUUUUUUAUGAUGAACAUGUUAAUGGAUACUACACAGGGUUUUGUUAUACUGGAAAACACACAAGUGAUCCGAGGAUGGUACAAUAUGGCGGGCUUGCCAAGACCUGUGAGGAGACGGGCUGUAUUGAGACCUACGUAUGAGGUCUUCAUCAUUCGCCAUUUAAAACUUUGCUGGAAAUUAAAGACAGAUGUGAAUAGGAGAUAUAGCUUAGUCAAGAUAGCUGUAUGUGUACAUGCACGUUGGAGGAAUUAUGUUUGCCAUUACUAUUACAUGUAUUAUAGAACAUCGUAUGGCAGUAAAGAUAACUCGACUUUGCUCUACAUUUCCAGUGCAUAAAGGCAUAUACAGUGUGCUUAUUUGACCAGCUACCCUGUAACAACAGUUAAAGUUAUACGAGUUCCAGGAUCUUUUAUUGACUUUCUCCACCAUCAAUCCACGAAAAGCGACGUAUACGUGUCACAGCCUGUAUUUCCCGUACCGGAACUGUAUAUCUUACAAUCCAGACAAUGACGCCCUGAUGGCCGGCCUCACAAUUCUAGAUGUGCUGUCUUUAAAACUUUAUAUGAAAAUAGUAUAUCUAUCGAUGGAUAUAUUUAGUUUUUGACAGACUUAUGGGGUUGUUUGAGAAGGUUUAUUAUCUAUACAACCAGAACUUUCUGUGGCCCGUUACCUCAUGGAGAUAAGACACACCGUUCAAUUUAAACGAGCUUUCGUUACUGGAGAUACAGAACACACUUUCAGUACCGGUAGGUCUCCAGGCUUACUACAUAAUAAUGGGAACAUACUAAUGGGUUUUUCAAAAUAAAGUUCAGGUUACUUUUUUCGAUGAUUUUGCAACUUACGUUUAAGAUCUAUAAAUCUCUUCGUCACAGCUCGUCAUUAAUUUGCUAAGGGUCCGUGGUUUACCCUUGGUUUCCUUCACCCAUAAAAAUGACCGUCAUCUUAUACGUCAAACAAGUCAAUCAUUCAAGAGCAAUAUACCCAGAAUUUGAUGUUAUUAAUUGCGUAUGUGUGGUAUAUAUAUAUAACACUUGACAAUUUCACAAUUUACAUGGUGCAUUAAGUGUUUGCCUUUCCGGAUA